CGCCACCGGCAGUAGGUGCCGUGGCCCGGGCCGCGCGACCAUGGCGGCCACUUACCUGCUCGAGACUCAGGAGCACUUCAAAACCAACGGCCGCACCAAGGAGUUCUCGGCGCACGCUGCCAAGGUGCACUCGGUGGCCUGGAGCUGUGAUGGCCGCAGGCUCGCCUCCGGCUCCUUCGACAAGACGGCCAGCGUCUUCGUGUUGGAGAAAGACAGACUGGUUAAAGAGAAUAACUAUCGUGGUCAUGGUGAUAGUGUAGACCAGCUCUGUUGGCAUCCUAGCAAUGCAGACCUUUUUGUGACUGCUUCUGGUGAUAAAACUGUUCGAAUCUGGGAUGUCCGAACUACAAAAUGUGUUGCUACUGUCAACACAAAAGGUGAGAAUAUUAACAUCUGUUGGAGUCCUGAUGGCCAAACAAUUGCUGUAGGAAACAAAGACGAUGUGGUAACCUUCAUUGAUGCUAAAUCACACCGAUCAAGAGCUGAAGAACAGUUUAAAUUUGAAGUAAAUGAGAUAUCUUGGAAUAAUGAUAAUGAUAUGUUUUUCCUAACCAAUGGCAAUGGCUGCAUCAACUUACUCAGUUAUCCAGAAUUGAAACCUAUUCAGUCAAUCAAUGCACAUCCUUCGAACUGCAUUUGCAUUAAAUUUGAUCCAACAGGCAAAUAUUUUGCUACAGGGAGUGCUGACGCACUGGUUAGCCUUUGGAGUGUGGAUGAACUUGUCUGUGUAAGAUGCUUCUCCAGACUUGACUGGCCUGUAAGAACAUUAAGCUUCAGCCAUGAUGGAAAAAUGCUAGCUUCAGCUUCUGAAGAUCACUUCAUAGACAUUGCAGAAGUGGAAACUGGUGAAAAGCUAUGGGAAGUGCAAUGUGACUCACCUACUUUUACUGUAGCAUGGCAUCCGAAACGACCACUCUUGGCUUUUGCUUGUGAUGACAAGGAUGGCAAGUAUGAUAACAGUCGGGAAGCUGGAACUGUUAAACUCUUUGGACUCCCUAAUGAUUCAUGAAACGAUACUCCUGGACUUCAGUGCAUUUGCUCAGCAAUAUGUCGAGUGAAACAUGCAAAAGCUACUUUGGAUUCCAGUCUAUUGGAUGAACAUUGUAGAAAAAGAGCUUUUAUUUUUUUAAAACUAUAAUGUGAGUGCUUAUUGAAUUUGUAUGCUCAUACUAUAGUUUUCCACCUAAUAUGGAAAUAUAUGUUCAUGAAUAUUCCUGGAUAAAUUUGAUAUAAAUAAAGCUUUUGUAAUUAAUGUGCAAAUGUGUUAAAAUAUGCAGAUGACAGUAUUUGACAAAAAAGUAGAAAUUAACUGUUAGUUGAAUAUUGUUUACACAUGAAGUGCCACAUACAAGAUGUCUAACACACAGUUGAUCUUUUUUUCCCCCCUUUGUACAUUCAAUUUCCUAUCUUUUAAAGCUGUAAAAGGUAAUUUCACAAGGGUGUUAAGUGCAGAAGAGAGUGGUAGUUUGGCAACAGAACUACUAAAUUUUAAAAUUGCAACUCAGUACAUUAUUGAACAUUUUUUUAUGAAUGACAAGUUUUCACUUUUACUAUUCCAUUCAGGAAAAUCUUGUUGCAAUGGUUUAACUUGACGUAGUUGUAUUAGAUGACAGUGUUCCAGAAAACAUGAUGUUAAUGAUUCUCUUGUCCCAAAUUCACAUUAGUUUAAAUUUGAUUGUUUUAUAGCUACCUUGUUUAUUAGAUAUCAGUUUGAUAUCAUAGGUGCAGUUUUUAACUUUUUUAGGGAAGGUUUACUUGUUAGAUGUAGUGCCACAACAUUAUAGUUAAAAGGAAAUAAAUAUUUAGAGCAAUUGGAUGAGUGUAGAUUUGGCACCAGUUACCAAAUCAAAGGGGAUCCAGAGUUUUCAAAGCAAUGCAAAAGAGUUUUUGGCAUUUUGUCCAGACCAGUGUAUUAUAAGUAAAGGUUUAAGGAUUCUCUUUUAUGUUGGCCUGAAAGUUACUUGUUUGAUGUAUUUUUUUAAGGUAAUAUGUCAACUCAAAAACAUGUGGCAAUAAUCUGAGUUUUUAUGGUCUAUAUUAAGAAUAAACUUUGGAUUUAAUUGUUUUGGAUAAUAAUUUCCAU